GCUACAACUUCCGGAUUCUGGCAGGACAUGUUUCAUUGUAUGUACAUUGUUGAGAUGGGCUCGACUGUUGCUCGGUAGUUUGGAGUUUCUCCGGCGGAGUGUUUAGCGAAGCGUUGCGGUGAUUCUCGUUCUGGACGCGUCGCUAAGUCUCUUCGGAACGCAUCGAGUUUGGCAGCAAGCUGCUCCCUGAAGCGCCCGUCAUGAACGGGUUCAGCACGGAGGAGGACAGCCACGACGCGCCGCCCGCGCCGCCCUUCUUGGGCCAGAUCUGCUGUCUGAUCGAGGACGGAGAGCGCUGCGGCCGCGCGGCGGGGAACGCGUCCUUCAGCAAGCGCAUCCAGAAGAGCAUCUCCCAGAGGAAGCUGAAGCUGGACAUCGACAAGAGCCUUCGGCAUUUGUACAUCUGUGAUUUCCACAAGAACUUCAUCCAGAGCGUUCGCAACAAACGCAAGAGGAAGACGAGCGACGACGGAGGAGAGUCGCCCGAUCACGAUGUGGAAGUGCCAGAGGUGGAUCUGUUCCAGCUUCAGGUCAACACACUGAGACGCUACAAGAGGCACUACAAGAUCCAGACCAGACCGGGUCUCAACAAAGCCCAGCUCGCAGAGACCGUGAGCCGUCAUUUCCGCAAUAUUCCAGUCAACGAGAAGGAGACGCUCACGUACUUUAUUUAUAUGGUGAAGAGCAGUAAAAGCCGGCUGGACCAGAAGUCGGACGGAAGCAAACAAGUGGAGUGAAGUCCCCUCUCUGCACGGAUCCGAGCGCAGAAGGUCAUUACUCAUGACGUGCAGAUGUUCGCUGGCUUCACAACUCCUCUCCGAAUACUUGCUGUGUUUUUGUACAUACGGGAGUCACUACAGUCGCGCGCUUGUGUAGUGAUGAUGAUGAUGAUGAUGAUGAUGUGCCAAACCCACAGUAACACCAGUAAACCGCGGCAGAUUUGACCGAUUACCCAGCGAGGACCUGAUUGAGAGCAUGCCAGAGACUGAAUGACUGCAGAUUGUUUUGUGCUGAAGCAGCUCCUCUCAGAAGAGCCGUCCGCGCUGCGCUGUGUGAGGUGUCCGUCUGCUCUGACACAGACACGUCUCUGCUUUUAUAUGACUGCUGUAUAUCUGCUCUAUAUAGCUUCUUUUUUUUUUUGUAGCUUGUAAUGUUAGUUUUCUUCCUUUUUUGUUUGGAAUAAUUCGUCUAAAUACAGUUCUUGUGGCACUAUACUAAUAUUUGGGUUGAUUGUGUGUAAAUGUGUCACGCUUCAGCUGUGAAAUCAGGUUAUAUUUCAGGAUGCAUAUCAGUAAUAUCGCUCAAGUAUAGCCUCGUCCGAACACAUCUCAGAUCAGCGAGUAACGAGGGGGGGGGUACGUGAAAGAGCAGUCGUUUCACACUCGACAGAAUCUUUCAUUAUUCUGGAAACUUGUAUGUUUUAGUAUAAACUUAAACAGUUUAUCUGCAAUUUUGGACUUUUGCUUGUCAAGCAUUUCCUUUUUUUUUUCAGCAUACAGAAGUUAGUUUUCUAGUGUGGCAAAAUAAAAAUGGGUUGAAUUGAAAGAUGCCAUUUUUAAUGAAUAAAACGAAGUAAAACAGAAGCAUGACGUCAGAGCAAAUGCACGAUUGUUACUGAUUUUACGUUUUAAUGGAAGCCAUCAAGCCUCGACGGUUCUGGAGGAAUCUCAAACUCAUCAACGCCGCUUUGACCUCUGGCUUUGACCUCUGGCUUCAUCAUAAUUAGAUCAGUGCUUCACACGAGUAAUCAAUCUGUGUCAGCGUGCGAGGACACGAUAUCACACGGAAAACAACUGAAACAAGCAAAGAAGGAACGAUGAAAGACAUUCAGGGUCAUUUUAGUUGCGCAGGAAGGCUGUAUUUUCACUUAUUUGGUUUAGUUCAUGCUGGAGAGGAUAUUAAAACCAAAACAUGGAAGUCAUUAAUAUAAGAGACUAUAUAUAUAGUAUAACAAUACAUUUGAUGAAUGUACAGAAAUCAGAAUCAAAAUCGCUUAAACUCUCAUUCAUUCCUGUUGAGUAGAAUUGCUAUGUUUUUAUGUUUUUCAAAUGUAUAUUUGUACUUGUAAACAUGUUUUAGGGUGUUUAUAAAACAACAGAUACACUGUAAUACCAAAGCAUUCCUCACUAUUAACAUUCAAGUUUUAGUAUUACUUUAUUUUAACCAAAAUGUUGAGUUUACUGCACAUUUUAAACUGUUGCUGAAAUGUUAGAACACAUAGUUCCCAUAACUAACGUAAUUUUAGUAAAAUGACAAAAUAUUGCAGAUUUCUCUGAGGAUUCACCCUGAUUUCUGCAGAUCUGCUUCAGUAAAAUUAAAGUAGACGCAUUUCAUUUAAGUCUAAUUUUCCUACUUUUUAACGUUACACACGUUCAAAUGUAUUAAAAUAUCAUCUACCCAAAUUGUGUCCACCCGCCCAAUCAAAAGCCCAACUGGUUCAGCCGUUUGAACGAAUCGGUUGAAUAAAUGAUUCAGUUAUUCACUCAUUAAUAUGAAUCAGCCGUUUGAACGAAUCGGUUGAAUAAAUUAUUCGGUGAUUCGCUCAUUAAUUUGAAUCAGCUGUUUGAACGAAUCGGUUGAAUAAAUGAUUCAGUUAUUCACUCAUUAAUUUGAAUCAGCCGUUUGAACGAAUCGGUUGAAUAAAUUAUUCGGUGAUUCGCUCAUUAAUUUGAAUCAGCUGUUUGAACGAAUCGGUUGAAUAAAUGAUUCAGUGAUUCACUCAUUAAUUUGAAUCAGCCGUUUGAACGAAUCGGUUGAAUAAAUGAUUCAGUGAUUCACUCAUUAAUUUGAAUCAGCCGUUUGAACGAAUCGGUUGAAUAAAUGAUUCAGUGAUUCACUCAUUAAUUUGAAUCAGCCGUUUGAACGAAUCGGUUGAAUCUCAAUGACUCACUCAUUAACAGUCGCUUGCUAUCACCUACUGGCGGUUUAAAACAAUUUUUUUUCAUGUUUUAAAUCAAUUCAAAUAUCAGUAUUCAAUGUUUUAUGUUUAAAACAAAGCAUUAUUUAUCUGUCUGUAACUGCAGGUUAAAUGCAUCCAUGUCCCCUCUGAGUUACAAUAAACUAUAAAUAAUACCACUUCA